AUGCAAUACGUUCGGAGCAUCAGCGGUUCCGUCUCCAAGACAUGGAAUUCGAUCAACCCAGCCACCCUUAGCGGUGCUAUUGAUGUUAUUGUCAUAGAACAAGAAGAUGGCACCCUCGCCUGUUCGCCCUUUCACGUCCGUUUUGGCAAGUUUUCGCUCUUGCGUCCCUUCGAGAAGAAAGUCGAGUUCAAGGUCAACGGGGUCAAACAAAAUUAUGCUAUGAAGCUGGGAGAAGGAGGCGAAGCAUUCUUUGUAUUUGAAACGACCGACGAUAUCCCCGCAUCAUUGCAGACUUCGCCGUUGGUCUCUCCAGCGGCCAGCCCUCGGGCCCAAAGUGAACCCGAUAUCCCGCCUUCACUGCAGGAACCCGAGUUCCUGGACCUGGAUAAAUCGAAUGCAGAUGCAUUGUCAGAAGGCGCAAAGACUCCGCCGACCAUCCCCAUUGCGAACAAGGCGCGGGCCCACACCGAUUUAGGGACAAUCACACCGCUAUCGCGAUCACCUGACGAAUCCGAUCUUCACCCGCAUAACUCGUUGAGUGGCAAACCACCACUUGACCAUACCACCUCGGACAAUGUGCUUCCAAAAAGCUCACCUCGGCACUCUUUGACCGCCCCGCCUGAGAGCAGCGGCCUUGAAGAGGCUGAGCAUGAGGAUGAAGCAGCACGUUCUCGUAGUCCCCCUCUCAUGUCUCCCCAGGAGGCGGUGUCUCGUGCCAUCUCGCUUUCAAAGAAGCUGUCAGGCUCCAAUAUUCCAUCGCAUGUUACAGAAAAAGGAGAUUUAAUGUUGGAUAUGACCGGCUACAAGAGCAAUGAAGAAGAUGCGCUUCGUGCAGAGGUUGUGGCGCGCAAGAUUCUUGCUGAGGAACUGGAAGGGAGCUAUGACAUUGGUGCUCUCAUUGGAGCCGAUGAACACGGCAAUUUAUGGAUCUACAGCAGCGAAGAAGCAAAGGACUUAGCUGACCGCAGAGCAACCCUCAAUUCAAUGCGCCCAGAGACGGCAUUGAGCGAUGAUGCACUGUCAGACCCGGGAUAUCACAGCGAGGGUGACCAUGCUAUCUCGGAGCCAUCUUUGACAGCACGCCACCACAGAACCAAAUCAGAUGUUCAACCUGGAUUCCCCACACCCCCAGACUCGCCGUUGCAUGAGGGCUUCGCAGUGGAAACCCGCAACUACGCCAAGACCCUCCGGCUAACGAGCGAUCAACUCAAAGAGCUGCAACUGAAGCCAGGCCCCAACACAAUGUCUUUCAGCGUCAACAGAGCCAUCUGCAGUGCAAACAUGUAUCUCUGGAAUGGCAACACUCCUAUCGUGAUUUCUGACAUUGACGGAACUAUCACCAAGUCUGAUGCGCUGGGUCAUGUCCUCAACAUGAUCGGACGCGACUGGACACAUGCGGGUGUUGCUAAGCUUUACACCGAUAUCGUGAACAACGGGUACAACAUUAUGUAUCUCACAAGUCGAUCUGUUGGCCAAACGGACACCACGCGAGCCUAUUUGCAUGGCAUCAAUCAAGAUGGAUACAAACUCCCGAGAGGACCAGUGAUCUGCAGCCCUGAUCGCACAAUGGCGGCCUUGCGGCGAGAAAUUUAUUUGAGAAAGCCGGAAGUUUUCAAGAUGGCUUGCUUGCGGGACAUUCUCAACCUAUUUUGUGGCAAGGAGAACCCCUUCUACGCUGGUUUUGGCAACCGAUUGACAGAUGCAUUAAGUUACCGCUCUGUGAACAUUCCGUCUACUCGGAUUUUCACCAUCAAUUCCAACGCGGAGGUUUCGCUGGAUCUACUGAGUCUUAACAAGUACAAGAGCAGCUACGUGACUAUGCAAGAGCUACUCGACCACUUCUUCCCACCAGUCACACUCCUUGUGCAUUCUGGAGGCGAAGAAUACACGGACUUUACCUACUGGAGAGAUACACCGCAAGAGCUUGAAGACUUUUCUACUACCGACAGUGAAAACGAAGAUGAGGAUGUUGCUGAAGAAGAUGAAGACGGAGAUGACGAAGAAUACGACGACGAGCUGAGCGAGGGUGAAGGCAGCGAAUACCUUGAUGACGCUGAAGCCGUCGAGGAAGAUCUUGGGGCAAGCUAUAUGUCACAGGAUUCUGCUGUCAUGUCCAACCCGGCAGGCUCAAUCCUGGAGUCAGUGGAAGGUGAUUUGGACGUCGAAGAGGCUAUUGGUGAAGAGGAGUUGAUUCCUGUGGUCGAAAACACCCAGGACCCUGUCGACGCCCCCGCCAUUUCUCUUCCAAUCCGAUCCAAGUCCCCCAAGACCCCUUGA